CUGCCCUUGCCUUGCCCCCUCGGCCCAUGCUCAGCACCCCCAGCCCCCUCGCCCAUUGACGACGAGCGGCUUUGGCUCUCGGGGAAGAAGCACGAGAAGGAAGUGGCUUGCUCCAGGCACGCACCUCGCAGACUCGAGCCUCCGCCGCACUCUCCUGCACAUCCGGUUGAGUCCCGACUGUGGGUCACCUCCGCUACAGUCAGAGCCCGGGGGCUGUCUUGCUCACCCCGACUUACUCGCCGCCCUUCCUGCCUUCCGCUUAUCUCUCACCUCGUUCCACUUAUCCGCCGCACCGCUCCUCCUUAUCCACUCAACCGACCUCCUGGCCUGCUGUCCACAACAACAACCACCACCAGCAGCAUCAGCAUCAUGUCUGCUGUCACUGCCUGCGGCCGGGGUUCCCGUGGCUCUGCGCUGACCGCCGCCCGCGCCCUCACCGUGCACACGGGCAACGUGGUGAACCGGGGCGCGCUCAGGAACAAGUACGGCUCUUCCCCCAGCGAGGAGCUGGUGGACUGUGUGAGGAGCACAUUAUCCGAUUGGGCUUCAAAGCUCGACGGGGGAGAGUCGCCUUCGUACCUGGCCCAGGAUGUUUGCGUAUGCCCGGGCACGGAGAAGAUCAGUGCGGAGGAUCGUGACGAUUUGAAAAUAACCGCCAAGAUAUUUUUGCUGGGAGGCGAUGCGCAAGUCAUUAAGCCGGCCGUGGAGAAAGCGUGCAUGGCUCUGGGCGUGUCGCUGCUGGACGCCGUGGUCCUGGCGCCGCCGCCACUGCCUGAGGAGGAGAAGCUGACGGCGGACCGGCUGUCCCCCUACUGGGCCGAGCUGGAGAGCCUCAUCGCCGCACACAAGGUGGCGACCAUCGGCACCUCCGACCUGGACAGCCAACUUCUAGAGGAGCUCUACCACUGGGCACAGGUGAAGCCGGCUAGCAACCAGGUGAACCUGGCCUCCUGCUGCGUCAUGCCGCCCGAGCUGACGGCCUUCGCCAAGGAGUACGACAUCCAGCUGCUGACGCACAACGACCCCACAGAAAUUCUACCGACAAAGUCUUUCCAGGACAUGGUGGCUACUGUGGCGCCUGAACAGGCAGAGGUGUGGACGCCUCUGUGGGUCCUGCGCUACUCGGUGAUAAUCAAGUGUCGCGGGGUCCUCAAGUCCAAGGGUUAUUUCCUGCAGGCACGGAGGGACGCCUGAGUGAGGAGCAGUGACACCGCAACUCCAACUCUCCGCCAAGCUUCGCCAAAACAGGCGACGGCAAACCUUGCCGUAACGAUUCGCUGCUUGGGGUCGUUGCGUACGAAGAUUUACGAAAAAAGAAAAACAUGCAUAAAAUGUUCCCCAUGCCUGCUUUAGCUGCUGCUGUCACCAGCCCUCUGCAAUGAACGAUCGCUACUGGAGAAAUUAACAAAAUGAGUUUCGCAUCGUUUUAAACUAUACAAAUUUUUUUUUCAAAUCUUCUUCCCAUUAUUUACACUUUUUUCUACAAAAUAACUUUGUAUUGCCUUUUUACCUGCACCCUUUGCUUCCCUCCUGUGAUUAAACCAUUGUUAUUUAAUCA